UACUUAUACAAAGUAGUUUACAAUUUGUUUAUAAAAAUUAUUUUUAUAGAAAACAACAUUAAAAUUGUUUAAAUAAAUAUAAUUUAAAAAAAAAUGGCCAAUAUUUCAAAUUUUAAAGAUAAAACUCAAAUUAAAUCACAAGAUAUACAAGUCAUGGGUUCGAUUAAACGUACAGAAGGUGAUGGAAUGGAAAAUGUAACUGCUGAAAAAAUUGAAAUUAAACAGACAAAAUGUCGUCUUGGUGAAACAUUAAUUUAUCAUCCAACAGAUUUAAAACAAUUAAGUUCAAUUCCUCCAGUUACUCCGAAUGGUCCAAUAGUAAAUUUGAAACCAAAAUAUGUUACUAAUGUAAAAGAUGAAAAACAUAUUUUAAAUUCUUUAAAACUAAAAGAACCAAAAUUUAUUCCUUAUGAACCAUAUAAAGCUGCAGUUAAUCCAAUAAUUCCAUAUGAAAAAAAAAAUAAAAAGUUACAAAAAAGUAAUGUAAAUGUAAAUAUGACUGUUGCUCAAGUUGUUGCUAUGAAACUUCAUGAAACAAAAGUGCUAUGUAAUGAAUUAAAGAUAAUAGAUGAAAAUAAUUGUAUAGGAAAUGAAUGGUUGAAAGAAAAAGAAGAAUAUGAAGCAGAAAUACAAAAACUUAAAGAGGAAAAUAGUCAACUUGAAAAUCAAUUGAAAUUUCAAGCACAAGUUAAUGGAGAAUUAAAAAAUUUAUUAGUAGCUGCUGUUGGAGAAGAUCUUGAAACUAAAGUUCAUUUGUUAACUGAAGAUAAAUUACAACUUGCUCGAGCUCUUUUAAAUUCUGCUCAACAUCUUUCAACACAUCAAGAACAAACAGAAUGGUUAGCUGGUCAAUGUGAAGUCUGGAGAAGUAAAUUCUUAGCCAGUAGCUUAAUGGUUGAAGAACUUGCAAAAUGGAAAGCAGCUCUUUGUCAAAGAACUACAGAUCUUCAAGAAGUAAUAAAAAGACUUUUAGAGGAUCGAAAUCUUAUACGAGAUAUAUCUCUUAAAACAUACAGAAUACUUAGCAUUUUACGUGAAAAUUUUGAUCCUGUUGCAACUGUUACUUGCAAAAGACAUGAAUUAUUGAGUACAAACAUAAUAGAUUUAACACAAGGCUGUUUCCAACUUGCAGAAAUUCUGAAAGUUCAAUUAUUAAGUGGUGUAGAAAAUAUUAAUUUACAAAGAGAAAUUAAUAUAACUGGUUUAGACAUGAAAACACUUGCUGAGAAGACUGCAGAACAACUUCUUAUGAGCCCAAAAUUACUUAUGUCAGGAAGACAAGAUGUAGCUUGUAGUGCAGUAAUGGGAGCAGCUGUUGCAAUUGGUGGCCAAAUCUUUCUUCCACGAAGCGAUUCAAAUAUAACCUGUUGUCCUCAUUGUAGUGGUGAAAUUAAACAAAUUUAAAAAGUUUUUUAUUUCAAUAAAUUGCUACAACUUAACUAAUAAAUAAUUAAAUAAAAUAAUUAA